AGGUUCGAGUCCAGGACCACACCAAGGAAGCGAUGGGAACGCACAGGCUAGAGCUUCUUUGCGCCCACCCAAAGAGGGAAAUUACUCAUAGCCUUGUGAGUGAAAGGGAGCUCGACGCAUUUUUCGGGCGAAAGGUCCAUUCCAAGUCGCGUAAGGUAGAGAUGAAUAUUGUUUAAGGCUUGUUGCAAACGGCGCUGAAUGGCUGGUCGUGGCGUAGUACUACCGUGAGCGCGCAUGUGAAAAUGCUAUAGCACUGUUCGCAUUCCAGAGAAAGAAGAAGUUACUGCCUUCCGAUCGACUGGUGGAAUACGAUCACCGGCGAAUACUCCUCUGUCAAUUACGAUGUAUUGCUUGCCGUUAUUAUCACUGGUAUUCCUCCCGUUCUUCCACAUAACUGCGGCGGACCAACUGCCUGUUCAGCUCCUGAUGCACUUGGACCUAAAGGGUGCGCCUCCUAAGGUCUCAUACCUUCGCAAGCUUUUUCCGUUCCUGAAGGACCUCGGCAUCAGGGGCCUAUUAAUCGAGUACGAAGACAUGUUCCCGUACCAGCAUCCCCUCGUACGGCCAAUCGCAACAGCCUCCGCCUACACUCUCACCGAGCUGCGAACCAUACUGUCCAUGUCGAAGGCACACGGUUUAUCUGUGAUACCACUGGUGCAGAUGUUUGGUCACCUGGAGCACGUGCUCAAGCUCCCGCAAUUUCAUCACAUGAGUGAGAUACCACAUCACGGAUAUUCCAUCUGCCCCUCCAGAUGCAAGGCCAUCGAGUUGCUCAAGACCAUACUGGACGAGAUUGCUUCACUUCAUUACGAUGCCCAGUACGUCCAUAUCGGCUGCGACGAGGUUUUUGCGAUGAGGAAGUGCUUAAUGUGUCGCAAGAAAGCAGCGCCCAGUGGAAGGCGAGAGGAACACCACAUCUUCCUGGAACAUGUGCUUACUAUGGCACGGUACCUAAAGGACACGCACGGCAAACAAGCCAUCGUCUGGGACGACAUGUUAAGACAGAUACCGGAAAGUGAUAUCGCAGCGUCUGGGAUAACCGAAUACGUCGACAUCAUGGUGUGGGAGUAUACCACGAAUGUAUCUGCGCUGAGCAACGUCUGGGACAAAUACAGCAAGCUAUUCAAAAAACAGGCAUGGAUCGCUACAGCUUUCAAAGGCGCCGAUGGAAGGUCAAGAAAGUACCCGGUCCUGAACAAACGCCUCGCGAAUCACGCAGGUUGGAAUAAAUUCAUCCAGCGCUCAACCUCCGGGUGGAACAUCACGGGCCUGGUGCUCACAGGGUGGGCACGGUACACGCACACAAUGCCGUUGUGCGAGCUCCUUCCAGUGGGUCUCCCUUCGCUCGUCCUCUGUGCAAUGUAUCUGCUCGUCGGGACGAGAACCAGUGAUCCACGUCAAAUGGCGGUGGAGAAAGCGUCGGAGUUCCUCAAGUGCCCUCUCCUGCUCAACGUUACCGCCGUGCAGGGCGAAAACUGUCAGUUUCCCGGCGUAGAAAUUGUCAGAGGCAUCGCAUACUUGGAGAAGUUAAAGCAGGAAGUUGAUGAUGCUUUCAGCGCUCCGAAGUGUACGGGGAAUAGACGGCACACCUGCGUCCAUAUGGUACCUGAGGAAUACUAUCUCAGCCGUAGUGCGUCUCUAGAAUCUCAACUGACGGACGACCUCAGUGCCAUAUUCAGUCCAUACACCGUUCAUGAGUGGAUGGCCUCCAAUGUACAACCAUUGUUUAUUGCGCUUAGGAGCUAUACUGUUGGACGCGUUGACACGAAGCAUCAAGUGCACUCUGCGUAGCAUUUUUUUAAAACAAUGUAUUCUGCUAAUUAAAGAUUUAUGACUGUAAA